AUGAGCAACGAAAAAUCAAGUUCACUUAAAAAGCCUAAUGUAGCUAUCACGGCAAGUUCAUUUUAUUCAAGAGAAACGCUAUCAACUCCUUCGGUUAACACAAAACGUUCAUCAAAUUCCUCAGUAGAUACACUUGUAACUCUUCCAUUGGAUCAAACAAAAAUAGAUAUACCUUCACCUGCAAUAAAAAAUGAGAAAGUUGCAAUUCCGACUUCUUUAUCGUCAAAUCCAUCCGUUAUUUCAACGGUUGUAGAAAAAGAAAAAUUAAAUAGAUCAAAUUCAAUAUUACAAAGAUCACUUUCAUUCUUGAUUCGCUCGGAAUCAAAAAAAUCCGAAUCGCAAUUAGUUAAAGUGCAUCGAUAUACCAUAUACGAUGAUGAAACAGGAGAAUUUAUAGAAAUUGUAGAUGAGGAGUGGGAAGGUGAUGGCCCACGACCAAGAAAAUCUACGGACUCUCAAAAAAAGGGUGUAAUAAUAUUAGACAAAGAUUUACCAAGUUUACCCGAACCUCCUGUAAUUAAAAAGAAAACACCAAUAGCGAAAUUCAAUCAAUGGUUAAAGGAUAAAUACCCUCGUGUUAAUAAAUACAAAUUAUUAAUAAUAGUAUCUCUGAUACUUAUAAUACUAUUAAUGAUCAUAAUUUUGGCUGCCACUGGAGCUUUUGCUAAAUCUAAAAAUAAUGGACUUCAAAUGAAUGGAAAGGGAGAUGGAACAUUUUAUGAUCCAGGUAUUGGCAUAGGAGCGUGUGGCAAGAUUAAUACGGCUGAUGAGUUUAUUGGUGCAAUGAACGCUCAACAAUUUGGGGUGUCGCCUAUCUGCGGUAAGUGCGUAAACAUCACCGGGCCAAAAGGAAGCGUCAAAGUCAAAAUUGUAGACAAGUGUUCUAAGUGUAAAUUUGGCGAUAUUGACAUUUCUCCAGCCGCCUUUAAUGCUAUCAGUGACGGAUCACAAGACCGUAUAUCGAUUACUUGGGAAGGGUGUUAA